AAGGAAAUGGCAUCAAUAGAAGAAAGCUGGAAAGAUGCAACUGAGGCUUUAAAUAGUGAAGUCUGUGAUACAUGGCUCACAAAAUUACAGGAAGCCUAUUCUGAAGAGAAGCGUACUUAUCAUAAUUUAGAUUCCUUACGGGAGAAGUUGAAUUGUUACUAUGAGAUCAAAGAUAAUUUGAAGAAUCCCCAAGCUGUGCUUCUUGCCUUAUUCUUUCAAAACUUUGAGUAUGACCCCAAAGCUUUAGAUGGUGAGAACAAGAGUCUUGAUCAUUUUAAUGCAUUUGCAGAUGAAGCUGAAAUUGCUCCUGAUGCAGAAUUAAGAGAGGAAGCUAGUGAGCUUCUUAAAGUAGCUGCAACGCAUAGUACAGAUGCUCAUAAAGUUGGAGGUGCCUUUGGUGGUGAAGAUGCUCAUUACUUUUUAGAUUUGGAUAUGGCUGUGUUAGGUUGUUCUCCAGAAUGCUAUGGAGAAUAUAGGGAAAAGAUACGUGGAGAAUAUUCUUUUCUGAGUGAGCCAAUGUAUACUGCAUUGCGUUUGAAGGUGCUACAAAAUUUUGUGCAAAUCCCAAAUAUUUUUGCCACAAAGGAAUUUCGUGAAAAAUAUGAAGAACAAGCACGGCAAAAUAUACAAGCUGAAGUUGAAUUGUUAUCUUAG